UUCAUUUUUUACAAGAAUUACCGACUCUUUUAUGAGAUUAGUAAACUUGAGGGACUUACUUACAAUUAUCUUGGUUAAUAAAAUUUAAAUAUUUUUCUUUAAAAAUGUAUAAAUCUGUGGGCUAAUUCUUUUUUUUUUUUUCUUUUGAAUGAAUAAUCUGUGGGCUAAUUCUUUGACUACUUGAAUGAAAUGAUUGAUCCCAAAAGUCUCCUAAGCUAGAAGGGAUCAAACGCCAGUCCAAAGCUUUUCAUCCAUCCUUACUUUACCACAAUCCUUCUUCAUCGGCUAGAAUCUCGCUCAUGUUACAACGGAUCCAACAUUUUCCAAAGCUCCCAUUUUUACCCUGUGCUGGAAGCAGUGACCUCCUCUUGAUGCAGUUUUGAUUCUACAAAGCCUCAGAGUUUAUUUGGUCUCCUUUAGAUUUGUAAGCAGCAUCAAAAUGAUGCAUUCAGGCUGCACAAAACUCAUGCUACUUCUACUCUUAUAUCUUGCUGUGUUCAUUGGGAACACUGGCGCAGACCCUCAAUGGGAGAUCUCACAUAAAGUAAGAACUGCUCCUCAUGGAGACAUGGGACGGAACGUUAUAGAUGGAAGUGGUGUAGAGAAAACGUUACGUGACGUUGGAAUGGGUGAGAACAAGAGAGGGAGUCACAGCAAAGUUUCUGUCUCAACAGUUGCGUUGUUCACCUUGGCGAUGGCUGCUGCUACUGGUUUGGGUGCAGUGCCUUUCUUCUUUGUUGAGCUUGAUCCUCAAUGGGCUGGGAUAUGCAACGGCAUGGCGGCUGGUGUGAUGUUGGCUGCUAGCUUUGAUCUUGUGAAGGAGGGUCAAGAGCAUGGUUCUGGAAACUGGGUUGUUACUGGGAUUCUAGCCGGUGCUUUGUUCAUUUGGCUCUGCAAGCAGUUUCUUGAACAAUAUGGUGAGGUGAGCAUGCUGGAUAUUAAAGGUGCAGAUGCAGCGAAAGUUGUUCUCGUCAUAGGCAUCAUGACACUUCAUUCUUUCGGGGAAGGAUCAGGGGUUGGUGUGUCCUUUGCUGGUUCAAAAGGUUUUAGUCAAGGGCUUCUGGUGACUUUAGCCAUAGCCGUUCAUAAUAUUCCAGAAGGGUUGGCUGUUAGCAUGGUGCUUGCAUCGAGAGGUGUCUCUCCACAAAACGCCAUGCUCUGGAGUAUAAUCACAUCCUUACCUCAGCCUAUCGUUGCAGUGCCAGCUUUUUUAUGUGCGGAUGCGUUCAGCAAGUUUUUGCCUUUCUGCACUGGGUUUGCGGCUGGGUGUAUGAUUUGGAUGGUUAUUGCUGAAGUGCUUCCUGAUGCAUUCAAGGAAGCGUCUCCGUCGCAAGUGGCAUCUUCAGCCACAAUAUCAGUAGCAUCCAUGGAAGCUCUCAGCACUCUUUUCGAAAACUUCACGCAUGAUUACAACUCAGAGGAUGCUUCUGGCUUCUUCGUUUCACUUCUCUUUGGUCUAGGCCCAUUGCUUGGGGGAGUGUUUCUGGUUGCAUCGGCGCUCACCUUCCGUCUCCAGCACGCCCUUCUCAUGGGAGUAGCCUCAGGCAUUGCGUUUGUCCUAGGUCUCUGGCGUCCGCUUCAGCUGCUGCUCUCUGCAAAAAUGGGAUUCAUCCCUCUGGUUAGUCUACUUGCUCUUGGAGCCGUGCUGAGCCAUUUCAUAAGCUCAACCAUCCUGAAUGUUACUUCUCGGAAAAAGUCUCGAGCUGGUAGUUUAAUAACCCCAGUAACAAAUUUUCCAACCAGUGCCAUAACACUCCAGUCACUAUUAGCGUGUGGAGCGGUUGGUUUCCACGCGCUAGCCGAGGGGCUUGCUCUAGGGGUCGCUGCUCCAAGUGCUCACGGUCUCGGCAGACACAUGGUACUCCCUGUUUCCUUACACGGGCUCCCAAGGGGAACAGCGGUUGCAAGCUGCGUGUUCGGAGCUACAGACAGUUGGCAUGCAGCUCUUGCAGCAGCUGCUUUGAUUGGUUUUGUGGGACCUGUAUCAGCCAUAGGAUCGAUACUAGCUGGGAUAGAUUAUAGUGGACUGGACCACGUGAUGAUGGUGGCGUGCGGUGGAUUGCUGCCUAGCUUCUGGCAGGUGAUUAAGAGAGCGGUGAGGUUAGAGAGAAGGAAAGGCAGUGUGGGGAUGGUGCUGGGAGUUGCGUGUGCUGUUGUGUGUCUGACUUUCACUAGACUGGUCUGCUUGCACACGCCGUAUUGCAACUCUGCACCUGAGGCUGUUAGAUGAUUGGGUUCUUGAAAGUAAAGAGGCUCUUCUUGUGAGCAUAUGCACUCUCUGAUUCUGGUGUAAGAUAGUUACAUAUAGUUUCAUGACCCUUUAACUCGUGUGUCUAUACAAAGCUUUGUCGGAUUUUAGGAUAUGUUUUAUGAGAUUAAGUAGAUAGGGCUUUGUUUUAGCUCUAAUCUACUGGAAAAACAAAAACAAAAACAAAAGGAUAACAGCAAAUACUUUUGACAACUAUUUAUGAGAGUGUUUGUUCUUUCUUUCA